AUGACUACGGACCUGACCUAUUUUCUCUUUUCCUUCCCACCAGGUCGGAACACCUUAGAGGACAUAGCAGGAGAGUUCAAAAGCCAAGAAGAAAUCAUAUUGCUGUUGAGCACUGGUUCUCACACCGAGUCAUAAACUCUUGGAACCGACUCCCAGAAGAAGUGGUGCAACCUCAGUUGAUUCGUUCAAGAAGGGUUUGGACAACCACAGAAAUUUACUAGAAAAGGAUUAACAUAGGCUCCAAGCCUUCUAUCCUCAACCAAUAAAUCUGAAUAAAUCUGAAUCUGUUUAAAUUUUGGCGUUACACUUCGCUAGAAUCAUGAUGAUAGUUCAGGAUGAGAUUUUUGGACUCAUUUCUUCGUAUUAACUGUCUGAAAAUGGGGUUAAGUAGUUCCCAGCUGGAAAAAGAGAUUGCCAGUGACCAGCUACUCAGUGGUGAGCGGUAUUUCGGACUAGUAAAUUUUGGGAAUACAUGCUACUGUAAUUCAGUGAUACAAGCUCUGUUUUUUUGCAAGCCUUUUCGGGACAAGGUCUUACAAUAUAAUGACCGAGCAAAAAAUCCCAAAAAGGAAACGCUACUUACUUGUCUUUCGGAUUUAUUUUACUCCGUCGUAUCUCAGCAAAGAAGAGUUGGCCAGAUGCGUCCUAAAAAAUUCAUACAAAAGCUCAAGAGAGAAAAUGGUUUUGUUGUGUUUUACUUAACUAACUGUAUAGGCUUGUUCGACAAUUAUCUGCAACAGGAUGCGCAUGAGUUCCUGAAUUAUCUCCUUAACAAAAUAGCCGAUAUAAUAAGAGCUGAACAACGGUCAUUGGAAAGUGGUGAUACAGAGGUUGUUAAAGAUGAUGGGGUAAUCGAUACUGUGGAGAACGAUAAGAGAAGUACAAACCAAAACUGGAUCCAUGAGAUUUUCCAAGGAAGUUUGACUAACGAAACAAGAUGCCUUAACUGUGAUAAUGUUCGUACGAAGGAGGAAAAUUUCCUCGAUUUGUCGGUUGACGUUGGAGAAAAUGUGGACAUUUCUUACUGCCUGCGUUGCUUUUCUGAUACUGAGACAAUGCGUUCAGACAACAAGUACUACUGUGAAUUUUGUCGCUGCAAACAGGAAGCCCAACGACGUAUGCGUAUCAAAAAACCACCCUUACUUCUAGCCCUCCAUUUAAAACGGUUCAAGUACUCAGAAAAUCUUAAUAGGUUUAUCAAGUUAUCCUACAGAGUUGCCUUUCCAAUGGAAUUAAGACUUUUCAAUACGUCUAGCGACUCAUCUAACGCUGAUCGGCUCUACAAUCUGAUGGCUGUCGUUGUCCACUCAGGAUCUGGUCCUAAUCGUGGACACUAUGUAACACUUGUGAAAUCUCAUGGUCUAUGGUUUUUAUUUGAUGAUGAACUAGUAGAAAAAAUCCAUCGUGCCAAUAUUGAAGACUUUUUUGGUUCGUCAACGGAGACAUCGAAAUCUUCAUACACAGCUUAUAUUCUAUUCUAUUUAGAUGCCAAGGUUGCGUCGAAUGCGUCAGCUUCUGAUGUAACUUCUGCAACAUCUGCCACUGCUGCCAAUUCUACAUUGAUUAGUAAUAGUAGUGGGGGUAGCACCAGUAGCACGGCUAGUUCAAUGUCAACUUGAUUAAUUUGUUAACGUAGAGUAAUAACUUCUUUUAUUCCCAUGUAACUGUACUAUGUUGUCGCCUUUUUUUCUCUCUUCUUUAUUUACGUUUCCCUACUUAUUGUGUCACUUUCUUAGUUUUUUUUCUACAUUUUUAAUUUUCUGCCUAGACUUCAAAAUAUAAUGUAGGUUCUGUCUGCGUUUAUGAGCCUAUUCCACAUAUACGUACACAAACCAAAGGUGCAAUCAGAUUAUUUUGACUUAUUGUAUUGCAUACCUCUAUUUAAUUAUCCUUGAUUGAUUUUCUUUUGUGUACACGCCUUGGUGUAUAUAUGUAUGUUUUGUACGUGGGAAUGAGUCAAAAUAAAUUACAGUGGAAAUACUGUAUCAUUGUUUUUCCUCUUACUAAUUUUCCCUUCUAGUGACAACAGUUGCAUCUGCUUUCUUACUUUCAUUCGCCCACACUUUCCCCCGUAAUUUUGCCUACUUUAACUCGAUAAUUCGCUGAAAGUGAGCAGUUGUCUGAAAAAUGUCUAGGUUUAAUUUUUUCCCAACAGCUAUUCACGUGUAAUUUCAGAAUAUAACACAUCGAAUACAUUUUGAGAACUGCUUUCUGCUAAUUACACUAUUGCUUCACCUGAGAUUGGCUUUCUGUUAACUGAAUUUUCGCCCGUGUAUCAAGCGCUUCGCUAUAUCAGUGGCAUCAGUCAAUAAGUUGAUUGCUGUAGGGCUAGGCAGAUGCCAAGGUGUGGAUACCAGUGUAUUCUAUAUGCUUGCACCUCACUCUAAAAAUAUUUCAUGGAGAAGUAGCUAGUUUUGAUUUCUAGUUAUUUUCCAAGUGAAUAUUUCAAUCGAUCGAUCAAAACUGACUUACCAUAAUAUUUGCUUUCUGUUUAUAUGAAGAGAAUAGUGUUUAGAGCUCCAUUAGUUAUAACUACUUGUUUUUGUAAGUUCUCCUUUGUAACUGACAAGUGUGAAGGUGCAUCCUUGAGAAACUAAAAGAGAUUAAUAUCUUUAACAGUCUACUUAUUAUCAUGAGACUGAUAUUGUAUUAUACUUUCUAAACAAAGAAAGUGAGGUGAUAUUUUUUAUUCCUGGUUGUUUCUUUGUUCUUUUAACUAAUUUCUUCUGGAUUUGACGUUUUUUUAUAACAGAUUAUUCAUACUCCGUCAUCUUUUUUAUCAAACUUCAGAUAAACGUAAAGCACUACGUACUAACAAUGGCUUGAUUAGCAUGUGUUUUUCAGAUCUCAUUCUAAUAAACUGCGUUAUUGUCUAAC